UGGACGGUGCAGGAGGAUAACCAGCUCAGGCGCCUGGUGGACGAACACGGCCACCGCAAGUGGUCGUUCAUCGCCUCCAAGAUGAGCGGGCGGCGGGGAAAACAGUGCCGCGAUCGGUGGCUGAAUCAUCUCAAGCCCGACAUCAGACGCGGAGAGUGGACGCAGGAGGAGGAGCGCAUCCUCGUGGAGGGGCACAGGAUGCUGGGCACGCGUUGGGCGGCGCUGGCUAAGCUCCUGCCGGGACGGCCGGAGAACGCCAUCAAGAACCACUGGCACGCGACGCUGCGGUGCAAG